CGAAAGGCUGUCUCUGCCACCACCAACUUACCCAAAUUCAGGGAUGUUGGUCGUACCGGGCAGUCCUCCACUCGCCCGGGAAAAAAGCCCAGGGCGCAAGCGCCCAGUGAAGAGCGUCGAGAGCGUAGAUUCAGGCCCCAUGCCCCGGUAUCCUUCAAAGAUAGGGCUGCACGUGCAAUGAGACAACGCAUGUUUAUUGUUGGGCAUACCGUCAAUCUUGUAGACGGAGUUCUGAAUAUGAGCUUCGACAUUGUCGGGACCACUGGCAACAUCUACAAAACCACUAUUGGGAAGGUGCCAACCUGCGACUGUCCAGAUGCACGCAAGGGUAAUCAAUGCAAGCAUAUCUGUUAUGUAUUAAUCAACGCCCUCAAAGCGCCGGCGGACCUUCAGUACCAGCUGGCAUUUCUAUCAUCGGAACUGCGGGCAAUGUACAACGGUUCCUCGCUAAGCAAAGAGCAAUCCACUGAGGAGAACGCUGGCAUCAGAAAACCGAUCGAGGGAGACUGUCCAAUAUGUUUCAUGGAAUUCGAGCCCCAAAGAGAGGACAUUGUGUGGUGUCGAGCUGCAUGCGGGAACAACAUUCACAAGGCUUGCUUUCAGCAAUGGGCUGCCACCCAGCAGGCACAGGGUGUCAGAUGUGUUUAUUGUCGUUCACCCUGGCAGCCGGAUACUGAAAAUGUGAAUGUGGAGGAGCUCUCCCGCCAAGGCAAAUUCAGUCGGGAUGGAUAUGUCAAUGUGGCACAGCACUUUGGUCUCUCAGGCCGUCGCGACGUUUCGAGCUACCAUCCUUUCUGGGUGCGCCGACAGCAGCACCAGCACGAGGACGACUGGGAUUACGAUGACUAUUGAUGAGGUCAUGGCACUGAGUCUAUUGUACGCUGGCUUCAAGGCGUGUUCUUCACUUCUUCUGCCGUCUGGCACGGUCAUAAUCUGCAUUAACAAUUUGCUUUCGGUUAGCGGGGAGGAUUUUGGGAGUCAGCUGUUGCAUGCUAGUCUCAGGCUAUCUGGCUGGAAUGGUCUGAAUCCUAACUCUCAUUCGGUCAUUUCUAUGGCCAUUGUUAUUAUUAUGCUUAAUU